GGUUGUUGAUGUUUCAUUUCAUUUGACUGGUAAUGUUGCGAAUGAUAUCAUCGAAGAAGAACUGGAAUGAUGAAAGUUGGAAACUUGGAAACGUUUGGAGGUCGAAAAGCAAAUAAGGAAACGAUGUUGGUCAGAAAGUAGAUAACAAAACAAUAAAACACACUCGGCUCGCAGUCAGCACUCAGUCUGCAGUGCACCAGUGUUGUUGUUCUCUCUCGGUUGCGCUUCCGUCUCUUCGUUCCUGCCUCUCCAGAGGUCUCUCUCUCCCCCUCUCUCGUCUGUCGAUCUCUCUUAUGUUCAUAGUGGGUAGGUAACGGAUAUGAACAUCGAUGAUGGUUUAAUGAGAUUAUUAGCAUGCUUUGAUUCUGCACUUCUCGUUAGGGAAAUCAUACACGCCAUGUGUUCGUCUCUAUCUCGAUUGUCUUCCUCUCUGAUUCACCGCCUUGCUAGAACCCGAUGCCAGGGCCAGGCCGAGCUCAUCACUUCUAGGUCUUUCUCCGUCUCCACCAGGUCUAUAAACUUUGUGAGGGGAGUUAUAGAGGAGGCUGGAUGGAACAACUUGGGGGGUUCCCAGUUUCCUCGAUAUAAUAUAGAGCAAAAUGCUGAUAUUGUCCAUGUAAAGCUGAUGAAAAACAAUACCUUUGUUACUGUGACGGACUCAAAGGGCAACAAGAAACUUGGGGCCUCAGCUGGUUCCUUACCAGACAUGAAAGGAGGACCUAAAUUGGCCAAGUAUUCUGCUGAAGCAACUGCAGAACAUGUUGGACGGAUGUCAAGAAAUUUUGGCUUAAAAUCAGUUGUAAUGAAGGUGAAGGGGUUUAGUUAUUUUAAGAAGAAAAGGCAGGCUAUCAUAAGCUGGAAAGAGGGCUUCACUAGUUCCCGAGCGGGUCACAGUCCCAUUGUAUACAUCGAAGAUAGAACCCGAAAGCCUCACAAUGGUUGUAGACUCCCAAAGCAGUGUCGUAUCUGAAACAUGAUGCGCUUUAUUCUUGACUGGGUAUAAUUUUUACUUGGUUAGGAAGAUGUAUUUGGUGAAAUAAUGAGCUUGACCUAGUUUUUUUUUUUUGGUUUUUUUGCUUCAAAAUUUGAAUUUCUAUCUUAUUGUAAAGCUAAUGUAGUCUAUUUGAAGGUCUUAUUGCUAUUUUUUGAAGAUGGUUGUUUAUUAAGAUAAACUAGUUGGUUAAAUAACUUCUCCGAUAAUAUUGGUGUGGAAAGUUUGGCUUUUUCAGUUUUUCUUAGUACUGGUAAAGAACUCAUGUUGAAGAUGAUCUGUUUAUCAAGUGUGAUAGACUUUCGGUUAUUCUCUACCUGUAUGUGUAUUUUAGGUUACUAAUGAUUAAUGUCAUAAGGAGCUCAUUGUA